CGGUUCCUAAUUGGAAAACAACAUAACCUCUCGAGAUAUCGAUAUCAGUUGAUCACUUCUCUAGUCCAACUAUUUUUUACACGAAAGGAGCUCACUCUGUUUAAGGGCAGUCUCAGCGAUGGCUUUGAGUCAUAGCAGUAUAAGCUUCACAACAACAUUAACUUCCAUUUCUUCAAAAACCCAAUUUGUUAUUUCUCCAAAAACCAACCCUUUUGCCUUAGAUUCUAGUUGCUUUAAACUGUACAAAAGAAGCUCCUUUUCUGUUCGAGCUAUGGGUUCUUCUGCUUCUUCUUCCCAGAAGCCUGACAACGCUCAAGGAGAUGUUAACUAUGCCUCCGUGAGCGAUGGAGAAUGGAAGAAGAAGCUUACAGCCGAAGAGUUUUACGUCACUCGGCAGAAGGGGACUGAGAGAGCUUUCUCUGGAGAGUAUUGGAACACCAAAACCCCGGGAACUUACCACUGCAUCUGUUGUAAUACACCUCUAUUUGAAUCAUCCACUAAAUUUGACAGUGGAACUGGUUGGCCAUCUUACUAUCAGCCCAUAGGAAAUAAUGUGAAGUCAAAGUUAGACUUGUCAAUUAUUUUCAUGCCUCGUCAGGAAGUUCUCUGCGCGGCUUGUGAUGCUCAUCUAGGGCAUGUAUUUGAUGAUGGUCCACCACCCACUGGUAAACGUUAUUGUAUCAAUAGCGCUUCCUUGAAACUAAAUCCCAAAUAAGAGACCAGUGAUCUGGUAAAUUUCAAUUUCAGGUUAAAGUUAAGCGAGACAUUUGUUUGUAUAUGCACAAACUGUAUAUCACCUCUUUAGCUUCUCAAGCUCUCAAUCCGACAGAUGUUCUAAUGCAACUGUUAUGUAAGCAAAAACUAUUAUACAGAAUAGCUGGUGCAUGCAAUAAAAUGAUACAGAUCAAUUAUCUUCC